GUCAGUCAACAUCAUAGAUAAUACAUUUAUGCUCAACAUAAACAUUAAACAAAUAUUUCAAGACGACCUAAGUGCACUUAAUUUAAAUACGUAGGACACAAAAUAGAACGAAAAUGUAAAGUUAUUACAGAAGAGAUGCGGUUAUGAUCUUAAAAUUGUUGUAUUGUUAAUCAAGGACAGCUGUGAGGCCAAUAAUGGCUGAAGAGAGCUACGAGGAGAGACAAAAUAAUGAGCUAACCGCCUUACAGGCUAUAUAUGGUGAUGCUGUUAUUGAUAAUCGCGAAAACAUUGCUUGGAAAGUAUGGCGUCCGCUCGAUAUAAUGUUGACGUUGAAUCCACUUCACAACUCAGAUAUACAAGGUGUUCACUGCUCUGUAACAUUGCAUUUAAAAUGUUGCAAUAAUUAUCCUGACAAGCCACCAAGUCUAGCCAUACACAAGAUGCAUGGAUUAUCCACAGACAAUGCCACCAAAUUAUUGGCUGAAUUGGAGACAUUGUCACAUCAAUUGUGUGGUGAAGUUAUGAUAUUCCAACUAGCCCAGCAUGCACAGCAAUUUCUGCACGAUCACAAUAAGCCUAUAUUGUCGUUUUACGAUGAAAUGCUGAAGCAGAAGAAUGAAAUGGAGAAACUGAAACUUCAUGAUUUACAAACCAAAGAGGAGGAAGAACGCCAAAAAAUCAAAGAUGAGAUACAACGUCGUCAGGAGAUACUCAAAGGUGCCGGAAGACAGCGUGUCCGAGUCUCCAGCCUCUGCCAUGAUAACAGCACGGAACAGGACUGCACUGAUGAAAAGGUGGAUGCACCAGAGCUUGUAUUCUAUGCGGACGAUAAAAUGUCGCCAGUAAAGAAAUCAACACGUCUUCGAAACAUGGAGGUUCCGUGCACGUGUAACACGCGAGGAGUGCAAGUGCUCAGAGUGACGCAACGGAACAACAAGAAGGUUUACAUAGGGAGCUGUUUAGGACAUUCAUCGACCGGCGCGACAACAUAUCUAGCGAUAGACGACGACACAGGGGAAAGUCUUAUCGCAAAGAAGUGGAGCAUCCCACCGGCUUCAGACUUCCAAACGAGAAACAAACAGCUUACAUCGAUACAGCAAGACGUGAAGUCGCUUGCCCGACUCAGCAACGCCUCCUUGAUCCCAUACGUUGCAAUGGAGAUGUGUAAAGAAGUAAACAAACGAACGUCAAAACAGUGCAUUUAUAUAUUCAGAAGUUUCGUUCUAGGGACGUCCUUGAAGAAUCUAGUGAAAAAGUUGAGUGGUUUCAGUGAUUGCUUUGAGGUUUUGGGCCUCUUGAGACAUGUGGCUGACGGUGUUUUGAGUGCGUUAAACGAAUUGCAUGCAGCGAAUAUAAUACAUAGGGAUGUUAGAAGUGAAAAUGUAUUCGUCGAUGACGUUGGCCAAGUGAAGUUGGUUGGUGCUAGCUUGGACACCAGGUUGGCUGAAAUGUUGGACAAUGAUAACUAUUGUGAUAAGCAAACCCCAGCCCAAGAUAUCUAUGCGACCGGACAACUUCUGUUAUCCAUUGUUUGCAAAGAAAAAUCGUAUACAGAAAUACCGCAGGAGCUCCCUUGCGUGGCAAAAGACUUCAUAUCCAGAUGUUUAACAGAAGACGAACAUUCGCAAUGGUCGGCGAAGCAGUUGAUGAGUCAUUACUUCUUAGUCGAAGCUCCGACAAAGAAACCUUACGUCAAACGUGCCGACGACGGUGGAAGCGGUUCAGAGGACGACGACGCCGUCAAAAAGAUUCGACACAUGAGUUUUGCCAACAACGGGCUGUCGCGGCUGGACGCUGAGUUUGAGGUGCUAGCGUGGCUCGGGAAAGGCGCAUUCGGUGAUGUUUUGAAGGUAAAGAACAAACUGGACGGAGGUUUCUACGCGAUAAAAAGAGUCCAAUUGAAUCCUGAAAGCGUUCAGCUCAACAAGAAGAUAACAAGGGAAGUGAAACUCCUCUCCAGGCUCAACCACGAGAACGUAGUCCGCUAUUACAACGCGUGGAUCGAGUCGACAACUGAGCCGAUAGACUGUGAGGAAUCUCCCACCAAAACUCCUACCCGGAAACCCAGCUUGGAAGGUAUUGUCGCGAAACUGGGACAAGAGGUCAAAGUGGAGUGGUCCAUGUCAGAGGGACCGGCGCAGAUGACGAAUUCCACAUCGGACACCGAAGAUAGCGAUGACGAUGAACCGGAUCCGUGGUUUAAUAUCAUCAGCCCCGGUGACGAAUCGAGCGAACUUAUCGAAUUCGAAAAGACCUCUGACGACGAAGAAUCUCAGACGUUACCAUCGGAAGACGUUGUCGACGCGCCGAGACCUCAAUCCGAGCGUCUCAAGCAAGUCCUAUACAUCCAAAUGGAAUUUUGCGAGAAGCAUACAUUGAGACAAGCCAUAGACAACGGCUUGUUCCAGGAACAUUUCAGGGCGUGGAGGCUGUUCCGGGAGAUCGUCGAGGGUCUGGCCCACGUGCAUCAGAGAGGCAUGAUACACAGGGACCUCAAGCCUGUGAAUAUAUUCUUGGACUCGAACGACCAUGUCAAGAUUGGAGACUUCGGACUAGCAACUAAGGCGUUCACGGGACUGCCGGUUGAAGAUAAAACGAAACAAGAAGAAAUAGGCGGUUCGCUAACUGGGCAAAUAGGAACAGCCCUAUACGUAGCUCCCGAACUACUCCAGUCUGCUACAAAGGUCAUAUACAAUCAAAAAGUGGACAUAUAUUCAUUAGGCAUAAUAUUGUUUGAAAUGUUCCAUCCGCCCCUCGAAACUGGAAUGGAGAGAAUGAUGGUGCUCACCAAUUUGAGGAGCAAGGAUAUCGUCAUACCGAAUAAGUUUGAUGUCGACGAAAAUGUGAAGCAGAUUCAUGUCAUAAGAUGGUUGCUGAACCACGAGGCGAGCCUGCGGCCCACGUGCGCGGAGCUGCUGGCCAGCGAGCACGUGCCGCGCGCCGUGCCCGAGGGCGCGCUGGCCGGGCUGCUGUCGCACGCGCUCAGCGACCGCACGGCGCGCGGCUACCAGCGCCUCGUGGCCGCCUGCCUCGACCAGAGGCCGUCCGCAGCCGAGGACUACACCUACCACAACGGGAUGAAGACCAAGCCCGCCCGUCUCCUGGAGUUCGUCAAGGAUGCUGUUGUCAAGGUAUUCAAAAGUCACGGAGCUUUAGAGUUCGCUCCGCCGCUCCUUAUACCGAGAGCGAGAGCCUGGGACCAGUAUCCUAACGCUGUCAAAGUCAUGACGUCAUCGGGCUCGGUCUGUCAUUUACCGCACGACUUGAGGCUGCCUUUCGCCAGGCACAUAGCAUACUCCGGUAUAAAAAAUCUCCGUCGUUUUAUAGUCGAUAGGGUUUAUAGAGAGAAGCACGUUCAAGGUUUUCACCCGAAGGAAAUUCUUGAAUGUGCCUACGAUAUCGUCACCCCUAAAACUGACUCUCUAUGGCCGGACGCAGAAUUAAUAGAGGUCGCAAGUAGAGCGGCAUCGGAGUGUUCCCUCAAAGUGUCGAUACAACUAAAUCACACGGAACUGAUUCGCGUCCUGCUACAGUCGUGCGGGGUACCGACAGACAAACAGGCUGAUAUAUACCCUGUUUUGGUCGACGUCAGCUUCGGUCGCAUAACGAGUCUGCAACUUCAAACACACUUGACGUCGCUCUGUAUAACGAAUCGUGACGUCACGAACCUGGUCCGCCUGAUGGAGGCGGAUGCGCCGGUCCAAGAGCUCCGGGAGCUGGUCACGCCUCUCGUCAAACAAGCGAAGUGCAGUAGGAUCGCGAGUCAGGCCGUGCACGACCUGGAAGCCGUGUACAGGAACGCCAAGGCGCUGGGCUGUGAGUGCCCGAUGACGGUGGCUCCGCUCUCGGCGUACAACGUGACGCAGCACAGCGGCGUGUUCUGGCAGAUGUCCGUCGUGCGAAGCGAACAGAAGUCGAUCACCAAACGACGUUCCGGGGACCUUAUUGCGGCUGGCGGAAGAUACGACGCUCUGGUCAAGGAGUUCUGGAAUGUAGCGAGCGCGGAAAACGAUCAAGACAGCGCCGAUUUGAAUGUGUGUUCGGUCGGGUUCUCGAUGUCCCUCGAACGGAUGGCGGCCUUCCUCAACAAACUGGAGACGCAAACGAACGUGCCGAUCAAGAGUAACGAGACGCCGCUGGUGCACGUGCGCGUGUGGGGCGCGGUGGGCAGCGGGCGGGAGGGCGCGGCGGCGGCGCGGCGGGCGCAGCUGGCGCGCGAUCUGUGGGCGGGCGGGCUGCGAGCCGGGCUGCACGCGGGGGACGCGCCCGACCUCGCGCCCGGCGCCGUGCUGGCCGAGCACGACCCGCCCCUCGUCCGGCUGUCCUGCUGGGACCAGGACAGGAUCCGGGAACACAGGGUGCCCUACGUGGAUGUUGUCGAUUUCAUCAAACAAAAAAUUAUCGGCGACUCGUCUCGGAAUCCUGAAGGUUCUAGCACGAACCGAUCGAUAAGCUGGUCCGAAAGCUCCGAAAAAUACAACAGUCCGAAUAUAUCGGUCACUUUCAUAACGGCCAGCGACAGAAUGACGAAAAACUCGAAGAGGCACUGCGAGAAUCAGAUAAACACUCAAGUGACGUCGAUUCUGGUAAGUCUGGGCCUCCUGCCGGUCAUGGCGAGGGUGCGCGUCAACGUACUAGCCGUGGCCUGCGACUCCGCCUGCGUCAGGUACAUGGCCUCGCAGCUGACGGCGCCAUUAGAUGCCGAUGAUCUGUCGCAAGCCUUCAGAAACGUUACGGAAAUGUUCCCCAAACGUCAGGGCCUAAUAGACGAAGCUCGCUCCGAGCUUUCGAGCUUAUUGAAACAAACCAGCCCGAGUCGGAACAACGAAGAGACUCAAAUAUACGCCCUAUAUUCAAUACCGGAUUCAUUGUGUCGACUUAUUACUUGAUGCUUACUAAUGUAAUUUUAAUUGAUAUCUCUAAUAGUAUUCUUAGUCGUUCGAGUAAUUAUUUGAUACAUUAGAAAUAAUGCACAGAGCAUCGAUAACUAUGUAAACAAUUAGUGAAAUCAAUGGCGCUUCACUGUGAUUAUUGCCAUAUGCGAAAUACAAGAAACUACUAAAACUAAUUGCGUGCCAUUUUCCGUACGUUGACUGAACUACGACAAAAACCUCCCAAGUGCCAACAGCAAAACAGUUUGACAAACUGUCCGCGAACGAAAAGAUAAAAAAACGAGCAAACACAAAUAAUAAUUGAAGUGAAACUUCUAAUGCGACUUCUAACAAGGUUGCGUUAAAUGUUUAACGCUACCAUGGAAUAGAAAGAGACAGAGCGAGAGUGAAUGCGUGGCACUCGAACGCAUGCGCGUAGUAUAACUGUUACAGGCCAGCGCGAGCGAUAGCAACGAGUGGCGUCCAAUAUCUUAAUGAAGUAUUUAAAAAAUAUAUAUAUUUAUUUUUCUAUCUAUAAUUUCAAAUAUAUCAUAGUAUAAAACAAAGUCUCUUUCUCUGUCCAUAUAUCCCUAGGUAUGCUUAAAUAUUUAAAACUACGCAACGGAUUUUGAUGCGGUUUUUUUUAAUAGAUAGAGUGAUUGAAGAGGAAGGCUUAUAUGUAUAAUAACAUCCAUUAAAUAGUGGAGAAAUCAAUAAUAAAUUACAGUUUUUGAAGCGAAGCGAGGGCGGGUUGCUAUUAUAAUGUAAAUGUUGAAGAUAUCGCAUCUCUUAUACAAAGCAUUCCCUAUUACAAGAGCAAUCUGAUUUAAGGAUAAAAAAUGAAGAAAACCACAAUACUACAAGAAGUUUCACUUCAUUCACGUGCAUCAAGUUGCACGCGCACCGUUUUCUUUAAUAGGCAUUGCUUCUUUUAAUUAUUAAGUACAUGAAUACGCAAUGUAAUAGGUUGUAAACGUCUACUCGGUAUUAUUUAAGAUAAGAUUUAUGAUAAGCUUGAAGGAUGAGGUGGUCGUUGUUUAGGCAUGAGGUUAUGUUGAGGCUUGAGGUCGAUCCUCGUGCCUCAAGGCGGGUGACGUUUGCUAUGUGAUGUCUAAUGCCUCCAUAUAUUUAUACAAGAAAGACUGAAGAGAAAACAUUUGUUUUAUUAAACUUAAGAAUGUAUUUCAAAAUCAUUGGCUUGUUAAUAGAAAAAAAUAUGGAAUUGUGUUUUUAUUUAAAAUUUUCAGAUUUGUUUUACCAAGGCGUACAUAUUUCUCUUUAUAAAUACUUAACAGAUAUCUGAAUCAUAGUUAAUGACUAUGAUUUGUUAAUUUACUUUUAAUGAUAGAGAGAAUUAUGUACGCAUUAGUGAAUUACGUCAAAAUUCCUAAGUAUACAUAAUUUUUUUUUGCGCUCGCUAAAUAAGUGAAUAAAUUUCUACUUCUGUUGAAUUGCCUACCCCAACGGAUUCCAAUGUGAGUAUAACCGAACCUCCACACGUGGAUCAUAAUAUGAAUACAAACCACAACUUUCAUUAUCAUUCUGAUAUUCCAAACAAGGCAAUCUGUAUUUAAUCUAACUAUAAGGUAAGUAAGAUCUAGAUUAUCCAACAGCUCUAAGAAUAAACAUAACUAGGUGGUAAUUUUGGCUUAAAAAGAACAUAUGAAUUUUGUUAUUUCAAACAAAAUAGCGAUUUAGAGUGGAUGUCGUUAGAGCCUUUUUUUUAUUGCCGUAUAGGCAGACGAGCAUACGGCCCACCUGAUGGUGAGUGGUUACCGUCGCUCAGGGACGUCAGCAAUGUCAGGGGCAGAGCCUAGCCGCUGCCUACCGUUUAAUACUCUCCACAAGCCUCGUUUGAAGAAGGACAUGUAAUAGCGCUCGGGAAACACCGUGGAGGGGAGCUCAUUCCAUAGCCGGAUGGUACGUGGCAAAAAAGAUCUCUGGAAACGCACUGUGGAUGACCGCAGUGGCUCCAGGUAGUGUGGAUGAACUCUACUCCGGUGGCGGGCGGCGGCCUUUUUCGUGUAAGCUACGAUUUUAUUUUUAUUUCCUUUUGUGUCCUGUCUUUGAAGAGUCGAUGUCCAAAUUCUCACAAGGUAAAACUUAAAAACAGCUGUAUAAAUAUAGUACAGGCUAGAGAUUAUGGGAUUUCAUUGUGCAUUAGGAUUAUUUUGGCAGCUUGCAUCAAAUUUGUAUUUUCUUCAACGUUUAAAAAUGCUUCUAAUUAAGCAAUGUGAUGGUUUAGCUUUUGCCCUGACUCUGCCAUUGCCUAUAUCCAUAGGUCAUAUUAUUCAGAACAAAAAAAAAUCGUUUUGGAGCAGUUACAUCCCUCAGAGAAAUUUCAAUUUCAAUUGUUUCUCUUGUAACUUAAAUGAUAUAAGUUUUUUUUUACUUUAUAUAGUUAUUGAAGGCUAUAAAUUUACUUCUCUCAUAGAAAAUAAGGACAGCAUAGUACAAUACUAUUAAUAAGUUUUGUGCAGUAUGAUACAAAUUGCUCCUAUCAUAGAAAAUAAGAAAAACACAGUACAAUACUAAAUAAAUUUGAAUAGUUAUACAGUAUGAUGUUUUUUUAUUUAUUUUCUAGUUUUGUAUCAUUGAUGAUAAUAAUAAAUGGAAUUCGUUUUUGUGCUA